AUGAUGGCAGUUGCGCGCCGAGAGGUGAACGCCGUGGCAGAUCACCUGAAGGUCAGCGUCUACCAGAAUGCGUCUGACUGGUGCCGCCGCUUCUCCGAGGCAAGGGUGGCUGGCAUUGGUACCGUCUUCUUGGACGGGUACGCCGGUGCCAACAUGUUGGGAUCGGGUCAGGUCCCGCUUGGCUCCAUGGUGGACUCGCUGUUGCCCAGCGACUCGAUCAAUUCCUUCAAGUCCUACCUCGAGAUGAACGAGCAGCUGAAUGAGCAUCCUGACAUGAUGUAUGUCGCGGCCGACUAUGCCAAAAGGAGAUAUGACCUUGUCGAAUGCUCCAUCAACGAGUUCCUGGAUUUCAAGGACGAGGACGACAGCAUCCUCGACUUCCUGUUCAUCGGGAACGCUGAAGCGAAACGCUACAAGCUCCCGGCUUCGUACAACCGUGCCAUGGGACAGUGGUUUAGUAGGCUCAGCCAGGGUGGCAUUCAGUGCAUUUGCUCCGAUGUGAUCGCAAGCAAUUGCAGCAAGUAUGAUCAGUAUCAUUUGGUCGACGACCCUUUCAACAGGUCGACUGUGAUCAGGGCAGUGUCCUCCAUGAUCAAAUUUCAUCUUGCUGCACUUGACAUCAUGAGCGUCGGCGCCCAAGUCAAGGUCGAGGCAGAGAAAAUGGCGUCUCCUGACAUCUUGAAAGCCGGUGUGGAAACCUGGCCGCAUUUGCUGUCCUUCAAAGUCGCACUCCAAGAAACUCGCGUGGUUCAAGAGUUCCUCCGCCAGUCAAGAGCCCCGGUGACGACCCCAGCAACUCUCAAUCAAGCAUGUCAAGAAGCUGAUGAAGAGAUCAUGCAGUGGUGCGCCGCGGCGGUCGACGAUGCAGAGGACAAUGCCACUCGAGAGGGUCGGCCAGUUGGACAAGACUUCACCCGGGAGGAGACUACAUCCAUGAUGCCCAUCGACGUUGUGGACAAUGACUCCGAGGAUGAAGAGGCAAGGAUCCGCAUGCACAUUCAAAAGGACCUUGACGAAGCGGUUGAGGCGGGUUUCAGCACUGUCCAAGACGAUGAAUUCGAGGUCAUCGAGAAGGACAUCCCAGAGAAAGGAGGCUGGACCGAGGCCGAGAAGACCAGACCAGGCAUUCUCAAUCCCUUUGAUGAAAGUGAGAAACCCUUCACAAUCAUCGAUGAUGAAGGCAAGGAAGUUGCCCGAGACGAGGAGUCCAAUGAGCCCAUCGGUGAAGAGGUUGACUUCGGCGGCAGUGAUGUUGAGGUGAUCGAAGCAAAGCGCACAUGCGGUGAAAAAGAUGCCUCACCAAAGCCGAAGAUCGACCCGGUGACCAUCAGACUUGAAGAGGCCACUGAGAAAGCGGAGGAGGCCGUCUGGCUCGAUCCCCAGGAUCUUGCCGCGAGGUUCCCGUACAAGACCACCGAGUACGGCAGGCCGAACCUCCUCAGCCGCAAGCUGACCUAUCUUCUGCGGGGUCAUGCAUUGGCGUGGGGCAAGAAGUCUCCGGAUUUCAAUGCCGCCGAACUCUCUGCAGACUGGGAGCAGACCAAAAACAUCCUUCGGGAAAGGUCACCGGCGUCCAAGAUUGGGAGUUAUACGUUCGCGAGAUCAGCCUACAAUGAGUUCAUCAAGAAGAGCAAGGAGCAAAAUCAGGUCUUGGCUGAAAGCAAAAAGACCAAAAAGACCAAGAUGUACCAGCUGCUCAAGACUUCACGGUUGGAACCUUCGCCAUCUCAAGGUGGAGCCGUCCGAAAGGCCGAAAGGGCGGCCGAGGUGGGCCGAGGGCCGAGAAAGGUCUCUGCCGAGGCCGCGGAAUUGGGUGUCACAAUGUCUCUUGACAAAGUGACCGCUAUCCAACCCAGAAGGCAACGACUUUCGGACCGCAAUGCCGCAGAGGGCAGACGUGGUGGGAAAUCGAACUACGCCGCUCUCCGGGACACCGCCAAGAACCACCAGCGCAGGGCAAGAGCGGGUGGCUUCGAUUCCAUUGCAGCAAGGACCUUUGAACAACGGGAACAUGGACAGGGCCCCGGCGUGCAAACCCGCCUGGUCUUCAUGACGAGUGAGACCCGUUCAUUGGACGACGCCUUCGAUGUCACCCACGAGGCCUACAUCGCUCACCAUGGCAGGUUCUUUACCCUUGCUCAAUUUGCGGUGUACGCUGUCAAAGUUGUGAAAGCACGUGGGGAACCCGUGCCGCAGAUCUACGGUUGGAAUGGGUUGAUCAUGCCCGCUGAGGCUGAAGCCUUUGAGACCAACUUUGACGUGCUCAAAGCCGAUCAACACAUGUCAACGAAGAGAACUGCGGUGGCAUCCCCAGUCGACACCUUUCCCAUGGACAAAUCCAAGGUGACCACGGAGAACAUUGAAGGACGAUUCAGAAGCUUCAAUCCGAAAGUGGUCAACAAGGGCUCCAAGGGAAAGCGCACUGAAAAGGGUGCCGGACGACAAGACUCAUCAGAUGCUUGGAAGGGAUACCAGAAGGGACAAUGGGAUGAUCGUCGAGGAGGUUACCAGCAGAGUCGGGAUCAAGGAUCAUGGAGUUGGAGCAGUUGGCAACAGAGGCAAUGGGAUGACCAGGCCUGCUUCGUUUGUGGAUCCCCUUACCACUGGGCUCGUGACUGUCCUGACAGAACUCGAGAACAGAAAGGCAAAGGUGGCAAGUGGGAAAGACAAAGCAGUCCGAAAGGUUCUGCCGGUGGCUCCAAGGGCUACGCGCCCCGAGGCAAAGGAUCUUCUGAUCGACCAUUCAAAGGUCAGAGAAUCCAACCGGUGCUGAACCCUCAGGCAGUUCGCGCUGCAAGCCCACAAGAAGUGGAGAGGCUGAGACGCGAGAGGCAGAACCCUCCGCCAUUGCCGCCAAGCCCAAGGCUCCGUGCUGACCGUGGACCAGACCUCGACAGUGACAUUGACACCCAGGUCUCCGGACGACAGUGCAAUGGACACCACUGCCGGUGCUACAAGUUAGCACCCAUUGUCGAUGCUCCUGCGGAAGCUGAGCCGAAUGCUACACCUCAGACUGAGCAGGCCUCCGGGUCUGCUGAACCAGCAUCCGGUUCGGGCUCCAGGCGACAACGCCAGGUUGUUGGCGAGGAGGUGAUUUUCAUCAACAGCAUCCCGUACACCGUCACGAAGUUCGACGAUGGUUCUCAAGAAGUGUCAUCCUGGUGA